CCCACGGGCCAGCCACGGCCCCACCGGCCACCACCCCUCCGGGCCUCCCCUGCCCUCGCGUCGCGGCCUCCAACCGCACCGCCGAUGACGAAGCCACCGGCGCCGGCGAUGCAUUCCCAGGAGCGGCCGCGCCUCUCCGACGGUCCUCUCGGCCUCCGCGCCCUUCCCGGCCUCUCAUACAACACGCACCGCGCCCUCGUCCUGGGGCUCACCUUCCUCGCCUACGCGCUCUAUCACGCCUCCCGCAAGCCGCCCAGCAUCGUCAAGCGCGAGCUCGCCCGGGCGUGGCCGCCCUUCGCGGACCCGGCGCUCCUCGGCGCCACCGACGUCGCCUUCCUCAGCUCCUACUCCCUCGGCAUGUUCGUCGCGGGCCACCUCGGCGACCGCCUCGACCUCCGCCGCUUCCUCACCUUCGGCAUGGCCGCCGGCGGCGCCGCCGUCGCACUCUUCGGCGCAGGGUACUUCCUCGGCCUCCACUCGCUCGCGUUCUACGUCGUCGCCCAGGUGAUCGCCGGCCUGCUCCAGUCCACCGGAUGGCCCUCCGUCGUCGCCAUCGUCGGCAACUGGUUCUGCGGCCGGAGGCGCGGCCUCAUCAUGGGGAUAUGGAACGCGCACACCUCGGUCGGGAACAUCACCGGAUCGCUCGUCGCCGCCGCAAUGCUCGGGUACGGGUGGGGAUGGUCGUUCGUCGUCCCGGGUGGGCUCAUUGCGCUCGGUGGCGUUCUUGUGUUUUUCUUCCUUGCGCCUUACCCCCAGUGCGUUGGCUUUGGGCCGGCGCCGAUCGAGCCGGUUAGUGAGGAGAGCAAAGAUGGGGAGGACAGCAGCAGCAGCAGCGCCGCUGGUGGCGCUGGGAAGGACAGGCGAGAUGCCGUGGGGAUUUUGAAGGCCCUCGCCAUUCCCGGCGUGGUCAUCUUCGCAAUCUGCCUCUUCUUCGCCAAGCUGGUUGCAUACACAUUCCUGUACUGGCUCCCAUUCUACUUGAGCCAGACUCCUAUUGGAGGCGAGCACAUGUCAGCUGCAUCUGCUGGAUAUCUAUCAGUUCUGUUUGAUGUAGGUGGAAUUGUUGGUGGAAUUCUUGCUGGCUUUAUAUCUGAUCAGCUCAAUGCUAGAGCCACAACUGCCGCAGUCUUCAUGUACCUGGCAAUUCCAUCUCUUUUCCUCUUUCAUGCAUAUGGCAGUAUUUCAAAAGCGACAAACAUUGGCUUGAUGAUGAUCAGUGGCCUGUUUGUUAAUGGACCCUAUGCUCUGAUAACAACUGCAGUUUCUGCUGAUCUCGGCACUCACAAGUCUCUCAAAGGAGAUUCUCGUGCACUGGCCACGGUAACGGCAAUUAUAGAUGGGACAGGAUCCCUUGGUGCUGCGUUAGGUCCAUUUCUUACUGGCUUCAUUUCAAGAAGGGGAUGGGAUUCGGUGUUCGUAAUGCUUGCACUUUGUGCAUUUGUCGCUGCUGCGCUGUUGUCGAGUCAUGUGAGAACAGAAAUUCCUCAGAUCAUCCAUAAGUGGAGAAAUCGCUCAACUACCAUGCGGAAUGGAAACGCAGAUUCUGGUGUUCAGCCACUUUUAGUGGAGGAAAGCUGAUGGCAAGGCUGCUUUUGGUGCUGCUCUAGUAUGAGAGAGUUUUGUAGCGUUGUUGUAGGUGAAGACUGUGAUGUUUCUGGAGAAAAAACAAAUCAUACCCCAGAUAGGAAAACCAUUUCUGUCUCUGGUGCUUACGAUCUGAGCAGACAGACGCGAUUGGGAUAGCAUCUGUUGUGGUUUCUGUCAAAUGAUGUUCCAUCCGCAGUAGAAUUUUUGGAUACAUCAAUCUGUUGUAGCUUGUAAGAAUACCUGUCUCAUCGCUUAUGGAAAUGCACUCUUCGGCAGGGUCUAGAACUCUAGAUGAACAUAUAUAGGGGGAUAGAACAGGGAACUGACAGUCUGAAAUACAGAUGAAGGCUGUUCGCCCUGUAUGUCGAUGAUGUUUGUAAUUUUUAUUGUAGAUGGUAACUGAACGGGAUCCUGAAUCCCGGGCGAGCGAUCUGUGUUAUCACUUCGUGCGAA